UAGACACCUUAUCUUCCUCCAUUUGUAGCGUAUAAAUAGCUAACAAAGCUUAAUGAAAACCAAUUUGUUAAGAUUGGAUCCAACUUUAGUUCAGAACUAAUAAUCUUACACACAGUUCCACACUUUGCUUUCUUUACUUUCAUGGCUUCUGAUCUCUCUGUGAUCCUCCCUCGUGUCCUCAUCGUCUCUAGACGUAGCGUUCGAAAGAACAAAUUCGUAGAUUUUGUGGGUGAAUAUCAUCUUGAUCUUAUAGUAGGCUACGGUGCCGUACCAGUUAUUGUGCCUCGUGUUAGUGGGGUGCAUAUGUUGCUGGACAGUUUCGAGCCGAUCCAUGGUGUUCUUCUUUGUGAAGGAGAAGAUAUUGAUCCAUCUCUGUAUGAAUCUGAAACCACUAAUCUUUCACCAGAAGAGUUGGAAGAAAUCAGGAGGCUGCACGCAAGCGAUACAGCUAUUGACAAAGAGAAAGAUUCAAUCGAAUUAAGGCUUGCUAAACUUUGUCUGGAAAGGAACAUACCUUACUUGGGAAUUUGCCGGGGUUCACAGGUUCUAAAUGUUGCCUGCGGGGGUACCCUUUAUCUAGACAUAGAAAAGGAGGUAUCAAACAAGUGUGUGGAGCCCAAAAGAGUGAAGCACAUUGAUUAUGAUAAUUAUGAUGGGCAUAGACAUAUGGUUAAGGUAGUUGAGAGCAGCCCUUUGCACCAUUGGUUCAAGGAUUCUUUGGAAGAAGGUAAAAUGGAGAUUUCUGUUAAUAGUUAUCACCACCAAGGCGUUAAGAGUUUGGCCCAAAGAUUUGUGCCUAUGGCGUUUGCACCUGAAGGACUGAUUGAGGGAUUUUAUGAUCCAGAUGCCUAUAACCCUGAAGAGGGUAAGUUUAUAAUGGGACUCCAAUUCCAUCCAGAGCGAAUGAGGCAGGCAGAUACCGAUCAUUUUGAUUAUCCAGGGUGUCCAAAGGCUUAUCAGGAAUUUGUGAAGGCAGUGAUUGCCUAUCAGAAGAAGCUUAAUAGCACCAUAUCUGUGCCAAAGCCUCUAAAGCUAAAUCAAGAAAUGGAGAAGAAAAGAAAAGUUAUACUCAGAAGCUUCUCACUUGCAAGAAAUAUGUACACCACUGGCCAAGAGCUGCACCCAUCAAAAGAAUCAGAACUGAAAGCUGGAGCAGAAUUUCUAGAGUCCAACACAGCUCUGAGCUUCCAACAAGAGAAUAGGUUAAAGCAGAUAGGAGCAACAGUGAGAAACGGUGGAUCCUACAUUGAGAGAUUGAAGUUGAAUGAGGAAAGUGAAAGACUAGCAAAAAAAGUGAUGGGGAAAAAGUCAGUAGAGCAGUUGUCUGAUCUCUUGUCUUUCUACCACAUGAUGGGCCAGAUUUGCUCUGAAGUCCUGGAAAGAAAGCUUAAUGGCAUUUUCAGUGAGAUUGCUUCCUGAUAUAUCGACUUUUUCUAUUAAUUCAUCACAGUUCACAGGAAUCCCCUUGCUUUCCUAUCCUGUGUUUUCUUUCCCGUUUCUUUUUCACAUGAUAUGAGUGAUGAUGCAAAAGAGCAAUCGUAUUUAUUCAUAAAUAAUUAUAAGAAGCUUGCUCAUUUGCCUAA